AUCUCUCAUCCCUUCUUCCCAUCACUUCAUUCGACAUGGCCACUCAAGAGAUUCCCACUUUUAAGCUUGUUCUCGUCGGCGAUGGUGGUACGGGCAAGACCACCUUCGUCAAGCGCCACUUGACUGGUGAAUUCGAAAAGAAGUACAUCGCCACCUUGGGUGUUGAGGUCCACCCCUUGAGCUUCACCACCAACUUUGGUCAGAUCAUCUUCAAUACCUGGGACACAGCUGGCCAGGAGAAGUUCGGAGGUCUUCGCGAUGGUUACUACAUCAACGGACAGUGCGGUAUUAUCAUGUUCGAUCUUACCUCCAGAAUUACUUACAAGAACGUCCCCAACUGGCACCGUGACCUCGUCCGUGUCUGCGAGAACAUCCCCAUCGUUCUUUGCGGAAACAAGGUCGACAUCAAGGAGCGCAAGGUCAAGCCCAAAGCCAUUGAUUUCCACCGCAAGAAGUCCCUGCAGUACUACGACAUCUCUGCCAAGAGCAACUACAACUUUGAGAAGCCCUUCCUCUGGUUGGCUCGCAAGUUGGCUGGACACCAGGACUUGGAGUUUGUCGCUUCCCCUGCCUUGGCCCCCGCUGAGGUCCAUGUCGAUGCUGGCCUUAUGCAGCAGUACAAUGAUGAGUUGAACAGUGCUGCUCAGAUGCCCCUUCCCGAGGAAGACGAUGAUCUGUAAAGGAGACGAGAAGAAGCAACAACAAAGAAAUACAACACCCUCCUCAUUAUUUCUACUCAGUUUUGCCGUGACCACAACCAUUGCGUCCAUUAAAGCUAUCAGGUCUCAGCACCCUAAAAGGAAUACACACAUGCGUCUAAAUUGGAUGGGGUCCUGGGUCAUAAAAACGAGGCGCCGGAACUUGACAUCUGGUGGUUGGCGGCUGCUUGCUCCUUGAUGCUUUGCCCAGAGCCAUACAAGCCACAUAAAGCUUAAACACGCGAGCAAACGUAUCUUUGUCAAACUACAGAACGACACCAUGUCUUUUCUUUUCUUUUCUUUUUUCUUUU